UGAGGCCUCAAACUGUCCCAACACGUCUCGAAUGAAUCAAUACAUACAGUGUGCGUUAGAAUUGACUAGCACAGUGUCACCAUCCGCUGAGCCUGGACUUGCGAAGAUCUCGGAGGACGGAGCAGACGACAGGUUGAAGAAGCCGGGCAAGGACGAGAAGAUCGUCACAAGGCCAGUGGGAGUGCGGGACAAGUCAGGACAAGCCUAUAUCACGUGCACCUGGGAGGUGGAAUUUGGCCCACAAAAAGUGGUCAUAGAAUUCUCUCGAGACAGUAUGUGUGUGUACAUUGACAAAGUACCCGUCCAGACAGAAAUGUUGAUUAAGGACUGUGGGUACGACGUACACAUCUGGUGGGAGAACUGUCUGGGUAGUUUCUAUAUCUUCAGUGAUGUUGACGUGGAUAAGUGUGGCAAGCCAAUGGUCAAUUACCUAUACAUCAACGACAAGCUGGUCUCCAAGAAGAACUACAAGGAACACAAGAAGAGGCAACUUGUGCCGGAGGUUCCCAGAAAACCCAUUGAUAUAUACAUGUCUGAGUGCGAGAUGGAGCAACAACAGCAGCAGGUUAACCACUAAGUGACCGGAAGUAGCCACGAAGUGACCGGAAGCAGGGAGGAUGUGUUUACACAUCAGCCAUCUUGAAGGAGGACAAUGUACAAGCUGAAGUGUGUCCUCCUGGAACUUAGGUUAUAAUCAGUGGUCCCAAGGAUGUCAUCCAUUUGUAAUAAUUUUGUGCAUACUAGAGGUGAACAUGUUUUCCGCAAGUUUUUCCAGAAAAAUGCGUCACGAAAUCUUAGGCAGUUUACAAACUGUAGAUGAACAUGAUCUUCUUAAACAAACCUGUUAUACAUUUGGCGACAAGAAGUCACGUGAUCAGAUGUCGUGUUCAGAACAUAAAGGCCAGACGGUUAAAUGUUAUACCUAACUCACGUAGUCAACCACCUGUGUUAUAUACUUCAUUUGUAUAACCUUCACCUUGUGUUUCUACAUUUAUACCUGCACGAGAUAAGCAAGGAUAUAAGUAACACGUGCGGAAGUACCCAUGCUUGGAUCUUGAGCACAAGUUUGGCUAGCAGAUCCAUUGCAGGGUACGUUUACAUGAUCAACCCGAACUUGCAUUAACAAAGUGCGUUAUAAACAUUUUCGUAUGGUAUCCUAAUGUGAUAUGGCACACAUCCCUGGUAGGUGGGAGUUUAGACCGAUUUGGUAUCCUUUUCGCACGAUUCUUUAAGUAAACAUUAUAUUUAACGCUCUCGAGAUUUACAAAAAGCACUACUUCACUGAAUUAUUGGAUUGUGUUUUUCAUUUGAAAUGAAAUUUCAAGACUAGAAGAGCCACUGAAACAACUGUUUAAUCGGGAAUAAAUACACAAGAAAUUAAACCUGUUUAACUCGAACAUCUUAAACUCGAUUACUACAGCAUGACCGAUAUACCAAUAUCCCUGAGUGGCGUUGAAGCUGCUGUCGACACAUCGAUUGUCUUGAUUUACGGAGAACCCGAUUUGUUCCCUUGGACUUCGAGUUAAGGAGGCUUGAUUUUAGUCUAUGGUGCAGAGUCUAUGCACUGUACACGGUAGAAUUAACUGUGACGUCACACCCUACAAUGACUGGCGACAACGUCACAUGUUCCGCCAACGUAAGGUUCUACCCCAAUAUGACGUAUCUCCAAAUAGCAGCAGGUUACGCUGUUUGGGUAUGCGAGGGCAACAUCCAGUUAUAAUGUCUUAGUUUGUAUCAAUGUAUACAAUGAAUAAACGAUCGAUUGAACGUUGGCUCUUA